AUGAAGGUUGUUCUUCCUACUCUCCUUCUUGCCAGCGCUGUUGGGGCGUUGGCCGCUACUUCCAGCAACACUUGCACGAAGAAGAAGAUUAUCAUUGACACUGAUUUCUGGAACUUGCCCGACGAUGUGAACGCACUCGCCAUUGCAAACGCCUUUGAGACCUGGGGCGAGACUGAGAUCCUUGGUGUUGUGUCGAGCAUCCGUUCCCGGUAUGCUCCUCCGGCCAUUGACGCCGUCGACACCUUCUACGGGCACCCGGACAUAGAAGUAGCCAUCCAAAAGCCGCUCGAUAACACCACCUACGACCCUGACUACACCCGCUACGGCGGCUGGGUCCAAACCCUGGGCCAAAAAUGGCCCGAGGACAUCAAAGACGGCUCCAACACCACGGACCCGGUCCUUCUCUACCGCAAGCUCCUUGCCUCCGCCGACGAUAACAGCGUCACCAUUGCCGUCAUCGGUUUCUUCGACGUCCUCUAUCGCCUCGUCGACUCGCCCGCUGACUCGAUCUCCGGCCUCACCGGCUGGGAGCUCAUCAAGAAGAAGGUUGUCGAGCUCGUCGUCCAGGCCGAUGCGUCGGCGCCGAGAUCGUACAAUCUGUCGCACCACAAUGUCACCUUUGCCGCACAUGUGCUCAACAGCUGGCCAAAGAUGCUGACGUUCGUGCCCGGCUAUGUCGGCAGGAACAUCAGGAUGGGCGCGAAGCUGGCGACGGAGCUGAGCCCGGACACGAACCCGAUUGCGUUUGUGUGGAAUGCGACCAUUGGUGCUGGAAAGGAUGAUGGGUCUUGGGAUCCUGCGGCAAUCUACUAUGCCAUCCGCGGCCUCGACGACGUCUACCACUACAACAAGACCGGCGGUGCCGUCACAAUCCUGCCCAACGGAACAAGCACAUGGAACGACAGCGCCGUGCCGGCCGGAAAGCAGAACUGGGUCGACCUCACCAUGAGCAAUGUCACGUUCGCAAAGAGGCUUGAGGACAUCCUUCUGUGGGAGCCGAGCAAGCCCAAGCCGACGAACCUGAUCAAGUGCGGUGCCGCGGCUGGAAAUGGUACCAGUGGUACUGGCUCUGGCUCUGGCUCAGGCUCAGGCUCCGGCUCUGGCUCCGGAAACGCGACAACUACACCUGGUGCGGCGUCGACGCCGUUAGCGGAGUUUGAGGGUGCGGCUGCAAGUGUCGGUGUGGAGAGGAGUGUGCUUCUUGGUGCGGCGAUGGUGCUGGCUGCUAUGUUUGCGUUGUAG